AGUAGGCGACGCAACAGCUUCACUAUGGAGAUCAGCCUGGUAACGCUAGCCCUUUGCGUUGGCUUGUGUGUGGCAGCAUACCGGUACGCUACGAAGCAUUACUUCUACUUUGCGGACAAACCUAUCCCGUUCCUUAAACCAUCGUUCCCGUUCGGUAACGCCGGUCCUAUAUUGAUGAAGAAGGUAACGCUGUUUGAGCACUUCAAAAAUCUGUACGAUGCGUUCCCCAAUGGAAGAAUACACGGUAUGUUUAAUAUGCGCCAGCCGGCGUAUAUCGUGCGUGAUCCGGACCUGGUGAAACAGAUCACCGUGAAGGACUUUGAUUACUUUGCCGACCACAUGACCACCGGGAUGGAGCAGACCGAGGAGAACAACUCGAAUCACUUGCUGCUGGGCAAUUCGCUCGUAUCGCUGCGUGGACAAAAGUGGCGCGAUAUGAGAGCUACCCUCAGUCCGGCGUUUACCGGCAGUAAGAUGCGCCUGAUGUUUGCCCUGAUUGCCGAAUGUGGUCAAACGAUGGUGGAACAUUUCCGGUCGGAAGAGCAGAAGGCCCGUACGGCCGGUGGUUCCGGUUUGCAGCUCGAGAUGAAGGAUGUGAUGACGCGCUUCGCAAACGACGUCAUCGGAACGGCCGCAUUCGGCAUUAAGGUGGAUUCGUUCCGCGAUCCCAACAAUCAGUUUAUCAGUAUGGCCCGUUCGGUAAUGAAUCAGGAGUCGUUGGUAAAGGCUAUCAAAAUGAUUGGCUUUACCUUUGCACCGAAGCUGAUGACGCGGUUCAACAUUGACUUUCUAUCACCGGAGGAGGAUCGCUUCUUCCGGGACACAAUACUGGAUACGAUGAAGACACGAGAGGAGAAAGGUAUCUUCCGUCCGGACAUGAUUGAGCUGCUGAUGCAGGCAAAGAAGGGUAGCCUUAAGCAUCAGCAGAAAGAGGAGAAAAGGAUUGACCCGGCGGUUGAAGGAUUUGCCACCGUGGAGGAGUCUCACGUUGGAAAGCGUGCCCAUGAUCGUGUAUGGUCGGACACGGAGCUGAUAGCGCAGGCAUUCAUUUUCUUCUUUGCCGGGUUUGAAACCAUCUCGUGGACGCUGUCCUUUGCCUUGUACGAGCUGGCGGUGAAUGAGGAUAUCCAGGCUCGAUUGUUUGAGGAAGUGCGCGAAACGGAACAGUCGCUCGAGGAGGGACAAACGCUCAGCUACGAAAAGCUGCAAUCGUUGCAGUAUCUGGAUAUGGUCAUUUCGGAAGCACUUCGUCGAUGGCCUAUUGCUACGGUGCUGAACCGGGAGUGCGUGCGAGACUAUCAGUACGAUGAUGGGCAGGGAGUGAAGUUCAUCAUUGAGAAGGGUGCCCAGCUAUUCAUACCUGUUGUUGGACUGCACUUUGACCCGAAGUACUACCCCAAUCCGGAACGUUUCGAUCCUGAGCGGUUCAAUGAGGAAAACAGGAAGAAAAUUCAUACCGGCACGUACCUACCGUUCGGUGCUGGACCUCGUAAUUGUAUCGGAUCCCGAUUUGCACUGAUGGAGGCCAAGGUGGUACUCUACUAUCUGGUACUCCAUUUCCAUGUGAUACCAUACUCUAAGACGCAGAUACCGUUGAAGUUGAAAAAAUCAUCCACACAGUUCCAAACCGAACAGGGCAUUUGGUUGGAGUUCCAGUCCAGAAGCAACUAAGCGUUGGCGGAAUAUUAAUUUUAAUACCUAUAGCUGUAGCAGGUUAAACGAUCAGCAUAAUAUAUAAUCAUCCAAUCAG